GGAGGAGGAGGAAGGCGCUGGCGGGCAGUGAUGGCGGCGGGUGAUGGGGACGUGAAGCUAGGCACCCUGGGGAGUGGCAGCGAGAGCGGCAGCGACGGCAGCAGCGGGAGCCCAGGCGGCGCGGGAGCGGCAGCGGAAGGGGGCGGCUGGGCGGCGGCGGCGUUGGCGCUUCUGGCGGGGGGCGGGGAGAUGCUGCUGAACGUGGCGCUGGUGGCGCUGGUGCUGCUGGGGGCCUACCGGCUGUGGGUGCGCUGGGGGCGGCGGGGUCUGGGCGCGGGGGCCGGGGCGGGCGAGGAGAGCCCGGCCGCCUCCCUGCCGCGCAUGAAGAAGCGGGACUUCAGCCUGGAGCAGCUCCGCCAGUACGACGGGUCCCGCACGCCGCGCAUCCUGCUCGCGGUCAAUGGGAAAGUCUUCGACGUGACCAAAGGCAGCAAGUUCUACGGCCCCGCGGGUCCAUAUGGAAUAUUUGCUGGUAGGGAUGCCUCCAGARGACUGGCAACAUUUUGCCUAGAUAAGGAUGCACUUAGAGAUGAAUAUGAUGAUCUCUCAGAUUUGAAUGCAGUACAAAUGGAGAGUGUUCGAGAAUGGGAAAUGCAGUUUAAAGAAAAAUAUGAUUAUGUAGGCAGAYUCCUAAAACCAGGGGAAGAACCUUCAGAAUAUACAGAUGAAGAAGAUACCAAGGAUCACAAUAAACAGGAUUGAACUCUGUAAACAACCAAAGUCAGGGGCCUUCAGAACUGCAAUUCUUACUCCCUUUCACAGAAUGUCCAGUGUCUUUGGGUUUGAUUCACCUGCUGCGAAAAAACAUUCAACAGAUUGUGUACAAGAUGUAUGGGUCUCACUAUGAAGACUUGAAUACUAGACAUUAUUUAUGCUGCCAGACUCAUUUGUUGCAGUUGUGUGUGAUGUCUGGUGGGGCUUCAUCGUCCUGAAAAGGAGGAAACAGGGAUUUCUUAAACUGCAAGAAAGUCACAAGGUUACUUUUAGCUUUUUCUCUUUCUCUUUUAUCUUCCUCUCUUCCUCCCUUCUUCUCUUCUUUCCUCUCUUCCUCCCUUCUUUCCUACUUUCCCUUCCCUUUCUCCCCCUGCCUUUUUCUGAGAUAUCAAAGACAACCAGAUAUGUAUUUGCUACUCAAGUGUACAAAUCUCCUCAGAAAACAGCAAGGGACUCCUAUUUCAUGCUGCGUUUUUAUUCAGGCAUUGAGGAGGGAGGAGCCCUGAGCAGGGGAGGGGGCAGUUACACAUUGAGUUGAGUAGUUUUGGCUACUGAAACAUGAAAAUGUGAAUUCCCAAACUUUUCUUUUUAGGCUUUGUCAGGGAAAAGAAAAAAAACAUUUCCAAGAAAUCUUUGGAACUUAGAAUGGAUUUAAGUGGGUUAAAGUCAAAGCAGUUUCCCAAUUGAGAUCAUUUGAAACCAGUUUUACUCCUUUCCUUCUUUCCUCUAGGUCAAAUCAAUAUUUAUUGUGCCUUAUUUCAUGUCCAUAGACUUGAAUUAUUUUUAGGGUAAGCCCCUAUAUGAAUUCAGAAGUCACUACAAGCAGCAUUGAGACUGAAGUUGGAAUAUUCUGUUGAUCACAAAACCUUGAUGUCAUUCUGUGUAUAUAGAAUGUAAAAGGAAUAUUCAGUGUUAACUGCCAUAUAUGUUAAUAUACACAAACUUAAUUAGCAAUGUCAUGGCCAAAUGCAUUCCCCCCGUGCUUUUCUCUUAAAAAAAAAAAAAUCAACAACUCUUAUCCCCAACAGCUGCCUAAUUUCAGGAGUCUGACCCUCACAUCUCACUUGUGUGGGUGCAUGGUCGUGGUGUGGAUGUCUGUGUGGGUGUGUCUGGGUGUGUGAGAGUACCUUGGAAGGCACUCUUUCUGCAGAUACUGUAAAUACAAGUACCGUUUUAAUAAAGCAUGUACAAUAAACCAAAAUAAGCUUGAGUUGGACUUUAUACACAAAACUGUUAAACAGCCAGUGCAUUAUGAUAUGGUGGUAAGGUUGUGCUUUUGAUUCAAGAUAAGGAAAAAAUCUUGGAAAUGAAAAGAAGGCACUGGUUAACCAAGUUGUACACAUUGUACCACAUUCAGUGUAACUUAGGAAGAAAUUCCACUUUUGUGGAACAUUCUCAAGAGAUCUGAGAUAUUCAGGUAAGAGUAGAUAUAAAGUGUACAUUUUUUUUUUUUACUUUAUAUUUUGAUGGGAACUGAUUAUAUUAGCAGCAAUAGCACUCCAGGCAGUAGU